CCAACGAGCGGGAAUAACGUGCGCAUAGAUGCGUAAAUUAUGCGUCACUUUCUAAACGAACUAGGAACAGUAAUAUACAUACAUUGUUGUAUUUUUAUGUGCUAACGUGGCUGGUUGGUGAAACCGAGGUCUCGGGCGCGUUAGUUUUCCCGAAAUCGUACGAAAGCCGAGAAAGGAGAGUGCGUGUGUGCAUGCGUGUUGCAUGCGCGCAGUAGGCCUGGUGGAUGCACUUUUGGGAAAUCAUGCAUAUACGUGGCAACAUCGCACUGCGGGUUCACAUUCCACGUGAUCAGGACCGGUUUGCGGGUGUCGACCUACUGACACUCGUCUACGAUAGAUAAACCUUAGCCCUAGAAAUGUUAUUAGAAAAUGAUGCCCAGGUACUAAGUAGCGAAUGAUUUUUGUUGAUAUAUAAAAUGGAAGAUAACUCUUUUAGUAUGGAAAAAUGGAAAGUAUGACUUUUACAUUAACAUCUUGUAUAAAAAAAUGCCCCGACAUUCGGUGGUAUAUUGCAAGGCCAUUGACCGAAGGGACCCCCGAUCGAUGAUCAGCUACCUGCUGAUACAUUGUUGACCAUACAAUGGCAAAAGCAUUCUUGGUCCGAUGGGAACCCUCGGGCGUCAAGUGCAAUUAUUCCGUGUAACCGAAUGCACUUCGUUCCCGUAGUUUAAGAUCUGCUUUGCCUGUGGUUAAGCCAUUCAUUGUAACUACCGGGUGCAACGCCCCAUUCACCUGUGUCACACGGAUCAACACCCAAUAUUCUGUAUAGAUCUUUUCAUACAAACGCAAUCAAUUACUUAAGAUGCACGAGUUCUUUUCUACUUGGAUGAAUUUGAAGCAAAAUUUGAGACUGUUUUGAAAGGAAGUCAGGGGCACAUUGAACCUAUCGCGAGGAUGAUAGAGAAACACAUAUGAAGAGAAACAGGUUCCUUGGAGGGAUUCAAAACCGCUUGCAUCCACCUUUUCAACUGAAAGCGGUCUAGGUCCCAUGUGAAAGUCCCCCCCUCUCCAUUUUCCCCCCUAGAAAACUUCCAUCUACGUGCUUCUUAUGUUUUAUAUAAAGAAGAUGCACAGGAAUGAAUUUCCUUGUUUAUGAAACUCAUGGAAUCACAUGGAGAGCUAGAAAUACGCGAGAAUAUGGAAUCAAGACUUUCAUGCUAUCUGUAAAGGCGAUAAGCAAACACUUCCCAGAACGCAUGGCAGUCCCUUGAAAACUUUUCGCUGGUCCUGUGUUUUUUUUAUCGAAAACCUUGGUCGUCCUGAAACAAGAGGGAGCAAGAGCUGCUAAAUGUGGAGCAGGGUGGAUGUUCCAUUAAGUGGAUCCGUACCACCAACGGUAUAACUACAACUAGAAGAAUUUCAUUUAUUAGAUCACAGAGCAAAUUAAAAUAUCCUCAGCCUGAAAAUACAACAAUGAAAGCAAGCUGAUGUCGCUGAUAUUGAAUUGUGAUUCUGUAAAUUAGCGUGAUUGGAAAAGUUCAGGGUCUAGAAGUUGAAGAAGCUGGUCGGGGCCGACGUAUUCAGCUGGCUUUGGAUAUGGAAUUUUUCGAUGGCGCAACGGGGAUGAAAGAUGAAGAAUAGGAUAAAAUGGUACAAGUUUUAAAAGACUAAGAAAAGCAUGAAUAUGAAGAAAAUUUUGGAAGAUUUUAUAAGAGAACGCAGGCGCAAUCAGCGGUCGCAUCGAAGGCAGGGCGUGGUGGCAAUUUUCGGGAACGCAUACAUACAUACAGGUUUUUCGUUCCUCGUCACACAUAAACGGCACCGUUGAUUAGCGAUGGCCUUAAGAGGUUUCAAGUCCCUUGAAACACGUACAAGUGUACAAAUGCCGUUCAGAGUUUAAAAUCUAAGAAUUUUAUUAAAUAAUUUCAAUAAAUACUUGCUGCUUAUAAUUAACUUUAAUUUUAAUUAAAUAAUAUUUUAACUUCUGUAUGGAUCAAACCUCAAUCUUCUUGAAGAACUACAUGUGUAAAGUAGUGCAAUUUUCAAAACUAAAAAUUCAUCAGGUAUAAACUUUUUUUCUAAUCUAUAAAAGUAAUUGGCAAUUGAAACGUAUAUUAUACGUUGUAGCUUUUAUGAAUGAGUUUCAGAAUGUUUUAUACAUAACAAUAUAAUUUUGUAACGUUAAAAAAACUAUUGGAACAUAUGAAAUAAUAAUAGAAUUGUUGUAGGAAUUCGAAAUGAAAAAUUGCUGAAAAACUGGUGGGAAAAUGAAUUCAGUGGCGGCCACUAACGUUGAUACGUGAGCAAAAGACGUGGGUGUACACAUACGGCGACGCAUCGUCAUCUACGCGCGCACAUGCAUGCAAGGAUGCACCGAUUGCACAUGUGUGUGUUGUACCCCGCAGGAUAUUGGCCUAGACGCAGCGUGAUUGGCCGAUCGUGCAACCAGGGACGACGAUGGCUGUGCAAGUCUUCUUGAAUCGAGUUUAAAAUCCUGCCGAAUAUUUUGCAUCGAGAACUGGUUGUCGUCGUCGUCGUCGUCGUCGUCGUCGUCGUCGUCGUCGUCGUCAUCGUCAUCGUUUCCCGUUUACGCCACUGUAAGAACGCACACAGAAACGGCAUGCCGUGUAGCAACGUGUAGAAAGAGAAGCAGAGAUAGAGCAACACACUACCACACGUUUGCGGCCACCCCUAUGCGAGAGUCGAGCCAUGACCAGCUCGGCCGAGUGCGUCUUUCUACGCACGGCUCGUCAGUGGUCGCCGAGUAGGCCGUGGGAGAGGAUUUCCGUUUUCGCUUUGACUUUCUCCUCUACUGUGGGUGUGCACUCGUAUCACGUUUGAUCAACGAAACUGUUGAUGAUCAAAGAUACUCGACAACCAAAUCUAAAUUCACAAGAAACGAUAAAUAAAACACUAGUGCCAAUGAAUGUAGCCGAACUCCGAAAAAAGACUGUGGGAGGAAGAAAGAGAACCGUACAGUCAUUGUAGGAGAAGGAUAGAAGAGGAAAUAUAAAAAAAACACCGAGGGGUGAAAGAAAGAAGAGGAACAUUUAUUUCUUUUUUUAUCUUUCUUUCGAGAGAAAACGCAUUGGAUGCACAGUGGAUGUCGUAAAUGCGCCACUCUCCGUUUGGGAUGGAAAUAAUGAUUUCGCGAGAAUGAAAAAGAUAGAAAGAAGUUUGUUUUGAUCGGCGGUUUCGCGCACAGACGCGCCCCCGCACGCCAUGCGAACCCACUAAGGGUUGGAACUUGAAGGCUACGUUCAUCAGGGUGAUUCGAAGAGUGAUCAAGUGACCAAGUGACCAAGUGACGAAUGCGAGUGCACACACAUGCUAAUACCGUACGUCUCCUAGCGUACUCCUCGGCGGCCAUUUGAACAUCGUCGUCACACGGCGCGGCGCCAUCGUUUUCGAGAAAGGGACAUCGUCUUGGCGAAUUUGACUCGAGCAAAUUAAAUAGAUCGAAAUGGCGAGCACAUCGCAACAAUAUUGUUUACGUUGGAACAAUCAUCGUUCGAAUCUGCUGACGGUAUUUGACGAGCUACUUCAAAAUGAGUCAUUCACCGACGUGACCCUGGCGGUCGACGGAGGCGCCUCAGUGAAAUGCCAUAAGAUGGUCCUGGCAGCUUGUUCCUCCUAUUUCCAAACCCUCUUCAUCGAUCUUCCAUGUAAACAUCCGAUCGUGGUAUUAAAGGAUGUGAAGUACUCUGAAAUUAAAGCGAUCCUGGAGUACAUGUACCGGGGCGAGGUGAACGUGGCCCAGGAACAGCUGGCCGGAUUGCUUAAAGUCGCGGAAGUAUUGAAGGUGAAGGGCUUGGUGGAAGAGAAUGGUUCGCAAAGUCGUCGCGAAGAGGUGGAGACCUCGAUGUCGCCUCCACCAGCGAUAACCACAAGCACGACGAGUAGCGCGGCGCACAGCAGUGGUCUCGCGUCACCUCCGCAUUCCACUGGCACCUCGUACGUAUACGGCAGAUCGCCAGUGGAUCGAACCAAUCAAAUGCCAUUACCCAUGUGGCCACUUUGUCUGCCCAUUUCCCAUUCCAGUUCUAAUUACCAAACGACCUCGCAUCCGCAGCAUUCCUCUACUUUAACCGGUUCCUACGACAAUGGCUUUGAAACGUCCCCCCUGAAACGGAAGAAGCUUUCCAACAUAUUAAUGAACAGGGACACACCGAUCCUACGAACGGUGCUAGGUCAAGGUCAUGCAGACAGCUCUCAGGGUAUUCCUUUGUUACACCCAGACAGCCAUGAAAACCACUUUAGAAACAAUAGUAAUGGAUCAUCGAACGACAACGACAGACGCAGUAGUACCGAUAUACCUCACGGAGAACCCGCGCAUAGUCCUUACACCGAUGCGUCUAUGAUGGACGAGGACGAUAAGCAGCCAUCGCCGCAGUCGUAUCCUCCGGAUAAGCCAGGGAUCGUCAACUAUGUACCGGCGCAAAAGCCAGAAUGGAAGCGAUACAAGCAAUACACGAGGAAAGACAUAAUGUCCGCGAUCGAAGCGGUUCGUACAGGAAUGAGCGCGUUGCAAGCGGCACGUAAGUAUGGAGUACCUUCGCGAACCCUUUACGACAAAGUAAAGAAAUUAGGUAUUACCACGUCACGACCGUUCAAACGCGGUUCGAACGGUAGUGGCGCCUGUUUUCCGUAUGGAAUUGGCGGUAACGCAAACGGCGGCAUCUAUAGUGGCGCCCUCUCCGAAAAUGAAAACGAAAAUAGCAGUGCGAUAGACAGCCCUGGCUCGAUUCUCGAUGCAUAUAAGGCCAGAGAUGGUCCUAUGGAUCGAGAUAUGUUGGACGUCACUCGUUGUAGCUCCACUCCAAUUAUCCAUUCUGUAAAACAACAGAGCAACGAAGAUCAAGUAGAAGAUCUUUCCGUAACUCGCAAGUCGGAUGUACGCGUGAUAGUCCCACCAACGUCGGUAGUCAAAAAUGAAGAAGACGUUGAUUAAGACA